CUUACUAGCUAUGUUGAUUAUUAUUACUAUGCACCUGAUGUUGGGUUUGUAAAGGCGGGGAACAAUACAGCCAGGCCAAAACGCGAUGGGAUGACUUCGAGCGUCAGUUACAGUGAAGUAUUGAUUCGAACGUCGCUGUAACCUGCUGGGUCUAUUUCACUCUUACGCUUAUGCGAGUGGCAUAAGCCAAGGAAUAAGGAAGGGGCAACCACGUCGUUCCGUGCUUCACUCGGAUUACCCUUGGUCGUAGAUGAACUUAGCAUCGUAUUCUUGUGGAGACCUCCCAAGCUCUUGUCUAUGGCUGGCCAAGAAAGUCGCGAUUGGUCUGUGCCUUGUACCGUGCAGCUGCGUCGUACAGUGAUGCACCACCGCGUGGCAGGACUGCUGUUGCUCGUGAUAUUAACUCAAAGCGGAACAACUGCAGGCUGGCAGAACUGUUCUGGCAGUGGUUAUGAGUACAAGUACAUUGCGGGAGUCAGUAAAACGUUCAAUGACACCGUCAGCUACUGCAGAACUCUAUCAACUAACAGUGGCAUAGCAACACCACGCAAUGCUAUCCAGAACCAGUGUAUACUCAACAGCAGACCCAGUGCCACCACAAUCUGGAUUGGCAUUCGUUCGUUUACCUACCCAUUCCAGUGGAUCACAGUUGGCGAUGGCUUUAGCCUGACGUACACAAACUGGCACAGCGGCCAGCCUGACGGCAUUAUGCCAGAGUGUGCUACCAUGUGGUAUCGUUACCCUCCACCGUACCCAGCUGACAAAUGGGACAAUAUUGAAUGUAAUAAAUUAAGCAACAUAAUUUGUGAACAAGAUUUGAAUGAAUGUGUACGCAAAGUGCACAGUUGUUCCAGUAGAACAGAGUGUGUUAACACUAUCGGCAGCUAUAGAUGUAUAGCUGUAGCCACGACAUUGCCCAACAUCACUAACACAUCCACUGUUGUGUAUUCCACAUCGUUGGUGUUAGCUACCAGCCCAACCACCACCCCAACCAUCACACCAACCACCACACCAAAAACCGCACCAACCACCACCCCAACCACCACACCAACCACCACACAAACCACCACGCCAACUACCACGCCAACCACCACACCAACCACCACACCAACCACCACACCAACCACCACCCCAACCGCCACACCAACCACCACACCAACCACCACACCAACCACCACACCAACCACCACACCAACCAGCACCCCAACCACCAGCCCAACCACCACCCCAACCACCACGCCAACCACCACAUCAACCACCACACACGCCGCUACUCUGCCUUCAAUCACAGCAACAACUGUUGUUCCAGCCACUUCACCCUCCACGCUACCGCUUACUACCUGGCUAGACGCGUCAUCAGUGACUGUUACCAUGGCAACAACCGGUACUACUCUCUACCAGUCCACCACUGAUGACCAGCUAACAGAGCUCCCGAAAUGCCCAGCCGAAACAGAGACCUUGGGCAACAAAGGCAAGCUACAGUGGACGGAUACGCUUGCCCAAUCGAUAGCCUAUGCGCCGUGCGAGGCGAACUGCGGCAAGGCAGUGCGAUGGUGCCUGCCUGUGUGGAGGACGAACACUGCAAAGUGGUCUUCGACGAAUGCUUCGGAAUGUUCUGUCAUCGCGCAUACCCGCCAAGAGCCACAAGUACAAGGAGCAAUCGAUAAUAUCACGAGUUUAUUGACAGCCGGAAAUGUCACGUCAACCACUUUGACGGCAGCGACACGUAACCUGGACGAUACCCUGAAGAAAUCAUCUGCGACCACGGCUGAAACUGUCACCAAGGUUACCUGUAUCCUGGAAGAGGUUAUCUUGAAGACGCCAGAAAACCAAACACAUGAGCAGCUCGUUGAGGUUGCACAGGCAGUUGCCAACACUAUCAGCAAUGCCAUUGGCGCCUUGCACAUCACUGGGAGUCAGGAGCGUGCACGCAAUCCGCUGCAAACCAGCAGCGACGGUAGCACUGUGCCCGAUGCGAAUGCUCAGGCUAAAUCUGCAGCCUCUAAGAAGAUUCUUGCCGUGAUUGACCUGCUCAAAAGCAGCGUAACUGUCACACCAGAAGCGCCGCUAGUGCAGGUCUCAACUCCUAACCUUGUGUUCGGGGCACACUGUCCCGGCAACGACUCUUCCGGCUAUCUGAUAGAAGCCUCAGUGAGCAAUGAAACCAUCGCCACACAGGUUUCACUUGUGGAUAACAACGUUGAAGGCCGAAACAAUCGCUUCUUCUUGCCAAAAGAGGCCACCGACCGGAUAGCGAAAAGCUCCACCUGCCCUCGACCGGUGGUUGAGUUUCUCGUCCAGCGGGAUGAUGCGCUAUACGUGACGCAUCCUGACGCCUCUGACGCUGUGCCAGGCAGUUAUAUCGGCUCCAUUUUGCUGUCAGUUUCGGUGCGUGGCAUUGACUCUGGCAUGGUGUUUCAUGAGGAUAAGGCUGCCAUGCAGUUUCAGCUCAGUGACGACAUGCGGGAGCAAGAUGAACAUGCAUUGAAGUGCGUUUUCUGGGAUACUGAUAGAAGCUCCUGGUCUGGAGACGGCUGUUCCAUGGUAAACUCUACGCAAGGUCUGGUUGACUGCAGGUGCACACACCUCACAAGCUUUGCUGUGUUGAUUGUACCGGAAGGAAAGGUACACGUUAGCCAUGCUCACUCCAUCACCACCAUAGUCUGCUGCUCAUUAUCCUUACUGGCGCUAGCUGUAGUCAGCCUCUCCAUCCUAUGUAGCAAGAAACAGCGUUCAAUGAAUCAUCAGAGACUUGUACUGAUCCAGUGCGUUCUCCUCGGCGGGUUCUUGAUCAUCUUUCUGACGCUGAUGAACAGAGCUGGUGGCGAGUUCUGUGCUGCCAUUUCCAUGCUUCUCCACUUUCUCCUGCUCGGCCAGUUUGUGAGCACGGUGGCGCAUGCAGUGUUUCUUAUGCAGCGACUUAUCCACGUCUUUCAGCAUGACUGCCUGGAAGUGAUUAAGAAGCUCUCUGUUGUUGCCAUAUUCGUUGUACCGAUUGUGGUGGUGUCGGUGUGUGCCGGUGCGACCAAGAUGGAUGGCUACGGACGACGAGGCAGUGAAGACGCUCAGUGGUGCUGGUUAUCAAAUGAUGUCCUCUAUUACGGAGUGUACCCGAUCAUUGGCACCGCUCUUCUCUUCAACGGUGUCGUUCUCGCCGUUGUCUCUGUGCGCCUUGCCAAAGCCCAUCAGCAGCAGCGACGGAAGGGCCCACACUUGUUUCUACUGCGUAGUGCCAUUGUCAUGAGCACCCUGCUUGGUCUGGUAUGGCUUGUCGGAUUAGCUCUUGUGGCUGCAGAGUACGACCCCAUUGUGCAGUACAUAUUCAACCUGCUCGUCAGCUCCCAAGGCGUGUUCAUGUUCAUCUUUCUGGCAAUGGCCAACAAGGAAAUGCGCCAUGCAUGGAAACAACGUGUAGCAGCUGCGAGUCGAGCCAUGCGCUGUCCUCGCGUUCUCCCUCGCCGAAGGGCGCAGCUUUCCGGAACCAUUCAGCCAUACACCGGUGAACUUGUACACGAGGACUCUGAAAUGAAUCUUCGGAGAAGUAUUGACACUGCCUGGACUACGGCCACACAUAAAGACAGCAACGCUUCCGGGUCAAAUCUAAGCGAGCCAGUUCGCCUGAAAUUUGAACUUGUUGUUGAGGACAUGUGACAGUGGUUCUGCCAUCUACUUGAUUUCGCACAUCCGCCUUGCAUUCUGUCCUGUUGCUCUUCGACAUAAUUUUCUUGAUUUCCUGCUUUU